UUCUCCACCCCCUUUUCUUUUUUUUACUCUUCUUCUUCUGUGAAACUCUGUUUCUGUUUCUCUGUUUUUCUGUUUCUUUCUCUUCUCUCUUCUAAAACUCUGUGUCUGUGUCUCUAUGAAACCCUAAAAAGCUCUCUCUAAAUGAAACCCUAGAAAUCUAUCUCUACUACUCUGCAGCUAAAAGAAAAAAGAAAGAUGAAGAAGUACUGUUUUUUCUUCAUUACAAGCUUGUUGUUUUUGUAUAGUAUAGGAAAAGAAGUUGAUUCAUCCUCAUCAUCUAUUAAUGGAGUUGGUUUUUCUAAAGAUGUUGAGAAAUUAUUUGCUUUUAAAAGUAAGUUGAUAAAUCCAAGUGUAUUACAAAACUGGGUACAGAAUCAAGAUCCUUGUUACUUCAUUGGUGUUUCUUGUAAUAAUAAUAAAGACUCUGUUUCUGGGUUGGAUCUUAGUUUUGUUAAUUUGAAUUUGGAUUUCAAGUUUGUUUCUUCAUUUCUAAUGAGUUUAGAAUCUUUAGAGAAAUUAUCUUUAAGAUUUUCUAACCUCACUGGAAAUCUCUCUUCUUCUUCUUCUUCAUCUGAAAGUUCUUGUAGUGAGAAGCUUCAGGAGUUGGAUCUAUCUGGAAAUAGAUUAACUGGUUCCAUCUCAGAUAUUUCAUCUCUAAGUUCUUGUUCAAAUUUGGUUUCUCUAAAUUUAUCAAGAAAUUCAUUGGGUGGAGGAAAUAAGGAUUAUUCUGGGCUGAAAUUACCACCAAGUUUACAAAAACUUGAUCUUUCUACAAAUAAUUUCACUGGAAAAAUCCCAUCUUUGAGUCCUCUGGGUGUUUUAAACCACCUUGAUCUUUCUGCAAACAAAUUUUCUGGAGAUAUCGGCAGAUACUUCACUGGGUUUAAAUCAUUAAGUUACUUGAAUCUUUCAUUUAAUGAGUUUUCUGGAAGAAUUCCGGCCAUUUCAAGUGGGAAAUUACAGUAUCUUCUGUUAUCAGCAAAUAGUUUUCAUGGAGAAAUUCCUCUAGAAUUAACUGAUUCUUGUACUACUUUAAUGGAGAUUGAUCUUUCUUUUAAUCAAUUAGUUGGUUCAUUACCUUCUGGUUUAGCUUCUUGUACUUCAUUAGAACAUAUUAAUCUCUCCAACAACAGCUUCUCCGGUGAGUUUCCUUCAAAUAUUCUGAUUCAGAUGACUAAAUUGAAGAAAUUGGUCUUAUCUUACAAUUACUUCGAUGGUGAAGUUCAUGAUUCUAUGUCAAAGCUUACAAAUUUGGAGAUGCUUGAUUUAAGUGCAAAUAAUCUUUCUGGGUUGAUUCCACCGGGACUAUGUGAUGAUUAUAAAGAAAGUAAUUUGAAAGAAUUGUAUCUUCAGAACAAUAUGUUUACAGGAACUGUGCCGUCGAGUUUGAGUAAGUGUUCUAAACUGAUUACACUUGAUCUUAGUUCAAAUUAUCUUACUGGAACUAUACCUUCAAGUUUCGGUUCAUUAUCUCAGCUUCGGGAUUUGAUAAUGUGGUUGAAUCAGUUAACCGGUGAGAUUCCGACUGAGCUUGAGAACAUCAAAACACUUGAGAACUUGAUUCUUGAUAAUAAUGGGCUUACAGGAGGUAUUCCAUCUGGUUUAAGUAAUUGUACUAAUUUGAAUUGGAUUUCGUUAUCGAGUAAUUUGUUAAGCGGAGAGAUUCCGCCGUGGAUUGGUACACUUAAUAAGCUAGCAAUUCUCAAGCUAGGGAACAAUUCAUUUUCGGGUGUAAUUCCUGCGGAGCUCGGAGAUUGUCGGAGUUUGAUUUGGUUGGAUCUUAAUAGCAAUUCCUUGAGUGGUAGCAUUCCUGCUACUCUUUCGAAGCAAGCUGGGAAUAUUGCCGGAGGUUUGGUUGCAGGGAAAAGAUAUGUUUAUUUGAAGAAUGAUGGUAGUCCUGGUUGCCAUGGGGCUGGUAGUCUUCUUGAAUUUGCUGGGAUUCGGCCAGAGGGUUUAGAUAGAGUUCCGACGAGACGUCAGUGCAAUUUCACCAGGGUUUAUAUGGGUAAUACUCAAUACACAUUCAACAACAAUGGUUCCAUGAUCUUUCUUGAUUUGUCGUACAAUAAAUUGGAGAAUAGUAUUCCGAAAGAGCUUGGAGAUAUGUAUUAUCUAUCUGUUUUGAAUUUGGGGCAUAAUAAUCUCACUGGUGCAAUACCGAAUCAUUUCGGGAACUUGAAAAAUGUUGGCAUACUUGAUCUUUCUUUCAAUAAGUUGGAAGGUCCAAUUCCGGGUUCGCUAUCUGGUCUUACUCUGCUAGCUGAGAUUGAUCUUUCAAACAACAGGCUUUCUGGAUUGAUUCCUGAAGGUGGUCAGUUAGCAACCUUUCCUCCUCACAGGUACCAAAAUAACGAUGGUCUCUGCGGUUAUCCCCUUCCUCCUUGUGGGGAUUCGGCUUCGAAUUCGUCAGCUUCUUCGCAUCCGAAAUCUCACCGAAGACAAGCUUCUUUAGCUGGGAGUGUUGCUAUGGGCUUAUUGUUUUCGCUGUUCUGCAUCUUCGGAGUGAUUAUUGUUAUAGUGGAGAGAAAUAAGCGGCAGAAGAAGAAAGAAGCGGCUUUAGAUAUUUACAUCGACAGCCGAUCACAUUCUGGUACCGCGCAUACCAAUUGGAAACUGACGAGUGCUCGUGAAGCUCUGAGUAUCAACCUGUCUACCUUCGACAGACCUCUCCGGAAGCUUACGUUUGCUGAUCUUCUUGAUGCUACAAACGGCUUCCACAAUGACAGUUUAAUUGGCUCAGGUGGUUUUGGGGAUGUUUAUAAAGCUCAGCUCAAGGAUGGCAGCAUUGUCGCGGUAAAGAAACUAAUUCAGAUUAGUGGGCAAGGCGACCGGGAAUUCACAGCUGAGAUGGAAACAAUUGGUAAAGUUAAGCAUCGAAAUCUUGUUCCUUUAUUGGGUUACUGUAAGGUUGGAGAAGAACGGCUAUUAGUCUACGAGUACAUGAGAUUUGGCAGUUUAGAAGACGUUUUACAUGAUCGAAAGAAAGGCGGUAUCAAGCUUAAAUGGCCUGCAAGAAGAAGAAUUGCAGUUGGAGCAGCAAAAGGUCUAGCUUUCCUGCACCAUAUGUGCGUUCCUCACAUUAUCCACAGAGACAUGAAAUCGAGCAAUGUUCUUCUGGACGAAAACUUAGAAGCUAGAGUUUCAGAUUUCGGAAUGGCGAGGUUAAUGAGUGCAAUGGAUACCCAUCUCAGUGUAAGCACUCUUGCUGGUACACCAGGUUAUGUUCCGCCAGAAUACUAUCAGAGUUUCAGAUGUUCAGCAAAAGGGGACGUUUACAGCUACGGCGUAGUCCUCCUGGAAUUACUUACUGGUAAACAACCAACAGAUUCAGCAGAUUUUGGCGACAACAAUCUAGUCGGAUGGGUGAAGCAACACGCGAAACUCAAAAUAAGCGAUGUUUUUGAUCCGGAACUCAUGAAAGAAGACCCGACAUUAGAGAUUGAGCUAUUACAACAUCUUAAAGUUGCCUGCGCUUGUUUAGACGACCGGCCGUGGCGGCGUCCUACAAUGAUUCAAGUCAUGGCAAUGUUUAAAGAAAUCCAAGCGGGUUCAAGCAUAGAUUCUUCGGUCAGUACGAUCGAUCAAGACGGAAGUUUUCAUACCAUUGAAAUGGUUGAAAUGACUAUAAAAGAAGGUCAAGAACUAAACACCAAGCACUGAAACAAGCGGUUCUCCCACAAGUUUCAGCAAAAGGAUUCUUUAAAGUCCCCCAUGAUUUUGUUGUCUUCUUUUAAUGAAUCCAUUGUAUUUAAUAUAUCUCAUCUUUGUUUUAAAAUCUCUGUCAUUUUAUACAUACAUAGAAGGAAGGAUGUUCUUUAA